CCCAACACUAAAAUCGCAACUAAAUAAGAUUCGAUUCAUCUUCUUCCAGCUUCGAAUUCCACGCACCAAAGGCAAAGACACAAAGCCACGGCUUUUCUCUCUUGUCGUUUUCCACAUACAUUCGUCUUUUCAUAGGAUCAAUCUAAUAUCACGAUCUAUACUUUCUCUGUUUACAUUCUCGUUUCCGAGGAGAAAAGUCUCGAUCUUCUGGAUCUGGGGUUUGGUUUGGUUUGGGGUUGACUCGGUUUUGACUCGGGACAAGUCGUCUCGUGAGAUGGAUGUCUCUCGUUUAUUAGUAUCUCUUUGAGAGUCUGUCUUUCUGGGUUCAAUAGAUUCUUAUAGUUUCGCUUAGAAACACGCACAAAAAGAUGUCGUUGAAGCAUCAUCACAGAGGAUUAGAGCUCUCUGCUUCGAAGAGUUUUGUCUCAAAGAAAUGGACUUUAUUUCUCUGUAUCGGUUUCUUCUGCGCAGGAAUUCUCUUCUCCGACAGAAUGUGGCCAGAGCCUGAAUCCAAUGUUGUAUCAAGGGACACAGUAGCAUCAGAUGAACGGCUGCGGUUAGAGUCUGAGGACUGUGAUUCAUCAAAAAAGGGUUUAAAGCGUGAAUCGAAAGACAUCCUUGGAGAUGUUUACAAGAGUCCAGAUGCAAUUCAAACGCUUGAUAAAACGAUUUCAAAGCUGGAAACAGAACUGGCCGAUGCAAGAGCUGCGCAAGAAUCUAUCAUGAAUGGUUCACCAGUUUCUGAUGACUUUAAGCUCCCUGAAACUGUCACUAAAAGAAAGUAUCUGAUGGUUGUUGGUGUUAAUACUGCGUUUAGCAGCAGAAAGCGCAGGGAUUCAGUCCGUGCUACUUGGAUGCCUCCCGGUGAGGAGAGAAAGAAGCUCGAGGAAGAGAAAGGGAUCGUGAUGCGGUUUGUGAUAGGCCAUAGUUCUACUCCCGGUGGAAUUCUUGAUAGAGCGAUUCAGGCUGAAGAAAGUAAACAUGGAGACUUCUUGAGGCUGGAUCAUGUUGAAGGUUAUCUCGAGCUGUCAGCAAAGACUAAAACUUACUUUACCACGGCUUUUGCAAUGUGGGAUGCAGACUUCUACGUCAAAGUCGAUGAUGAUGUGCAUGUAAAUAUAGCCACGCUUGGAGCAGAAUUAGCAAGAUACCGGAUGAAGCCCCGAGUGUACAUUGGUUGCAUGAAAUCUGGACCUGUUCUUGCUCAGAAAGGAGUGAGAUAUCAUGAACCCGAAUACUGGAAAUUUGGAGAAGAGGGUAACAAAUACUUCCGCCAUGCCACAGGUCAGCUCUAUGCAAUAUCCAGGGAGUUGGCGUCUUACAUAUCGAUAAACCAAAACGUACUUCACAAAUAUGUGAAUGAAGAUGUCUCUUUAGGAUCAUGGUUUCUUGGAUUAGAUGUGGAGCAUGUAGAUGACCGUAGGCUAUGUUGUGGUACAACAGAUUGUGAGUGGAAGGCGCAGGCGGGCAACAUCUGUGUUGCCUCGUUCGAUUGGAGCUGCAGUGGGAUUUGUAGAUCAGCGGAUAGGAUGAAGGAUGUUCAUCGUAGGUGUGGAGAAGGUGAAAAGGCCCUUCUGGCUGCAUCUUUCUGAACACAAUAACUAAAGAAACACAUUGAGGAAGAAGAGUACAGAGACAAAUCCGCUCGACAGUCUACACUUGGUAGUAUAGACACACAGUCAAACUCUCUCUAUAUAUGUAUGUAUGUAUGUAUGUAUGUAUGUAUCUUGUGAACUGAGAUGAGAAGGGUGCUUUUUGCCCUCCUUUCUUGUUUCUUUAUGCUUUUCUCAAUUCUCUGAAGGUCUGGAGUUCUUUGCACACAGAAAAUGCAGAUUUUAGCUGCAAAGGCGGACUCCAUGAGUGCACCUUCAGAGUCAUUUCAUUGAGGCGUUUUCUCUGCCUUUUGAGCUUUUCUUCUUCAUUUCUUUUUGGAUUUUGCCUAUUUUGUUCAUUUUUUCCUUUGCCAUGAUUGUGGUGAAACAUGGGUUGUUUAUGUGUGUACUUGAAACACAAAACUAGUCAAUAAAGAUUAGACCAUAUGAGAAGAAAUUCAGAAGCUUAAUAAAAACUUUUCUUGGUUAAGAGGAAUGUGUACACAAUGAUUUCUGGCAGGUAUAUUCCACUUGCGGGAGAUGCUUAGUUCAGCAAUUGAGUGUUUUGGAAAGAGUCAGGUGAAUCAUUUGGGAUGUCCACUAGCAUGUAACAGAUGAACAAUGCUAAGAUCUCUAUACAUGAGGAUCAUA